CAGUCAGCUGCUUGUGCCCUAAGUAAACAGGAUCACACAACCUGGCUUGAAACCGUUGCUUGCCGGUACUCGACAACCCUGCUGUUCGUUGCCGGAUUGCGGCACUUGUUUCCCUUUGUCCGAUGUCAACCCUAUAUAGAGAAAGGUCGCGACCUCCCGACUCCCAUUUCGUUCUCCAUCAGCAUCUCCACAACUCAACAUCUUUGAAGACACGCAGCUUCGCGCUCCCAGUAACACAAUGAAGAACCUCUUUGCCAUCCUUGCUAUGGCGGCCGUCGGUCCAGCUAUAGUCUCUGCGCAAAGUUACGACAACUGUGCUUGUACGAUCGACGGCACUUCCGUGAACUAUCAAACCGGCGUUGCCUGCUCGCAUUGGAAAGGACAGACCCUUCGCGUCGGCGGCGACGGGCCGAACAAAGACGACUUGUACUGCUACGAUCCGACUUGCGUCGACAAACCAACCUUCGCCAGAUAUUGCACUGCCAAUGGCGCAGACGGAGAUCCAAACUGCUCGGGUUCCAGCUGCUACAAUUGACGGUGUAUUGAAUACUUUCCGGAACCUGAAGGUCAAGCGCAAAUGCGGAGGUAAUCGAAGGUGGUGAAGUGAAGCGGCGUGUGGUGCAGCCCGCCAAUCUGAAACGU